UGUUGGGCUGGGCUGCUAGCUGCAAGCUUUUGCUAUGCUAGCAACCAAAGUUUGCCCCCUCCACGCUGCUAGCUGAAUAUACUGCAGUAAUAUUAAAUUUCACAUCUGCAGCUUUAACUCUUGUUAGAAAGCUGGUAUGUUGCCUCAGACCACACACAACAAGAUGUAGCUGUUCUCAAGCGAUCCGCGUUUGGAUUUUUCCCUAGAAAUCUCACUGGGCAGCUACAAAGCGCUUCGCGUGUCAAGGACAGAUCCCUAGGGGUUUCUUCCCGCCCCAUGGCGAUCGGUGCCUACCCUCGCUGAGGGGCGCCGAGACGCGUUCGCAGGGGGAAGGGCCCGGCCCGGAGCCCGGGUCCCAGCGGGCAGGGCUGCGGCUGAGGCCAAGGGCACAAAAUGGCGGCGGCGGCUGAAGGCAGUGAGCGGGCAGCGGGAGAGACACACGGCACCUAGUGCGCAUGCGCAGUGUUCGCCGCGCCCCCACACCCUCCUCCCGGGGCCGUGAGGGAGGCGAGGGGCGGGAAGAUGGCGCUGGGGGGUUGCCGGGCGGCCCGUUGUGGAAGCGCGCUUCGCUUGGGGCGGCCGGCGCUGAGGCGGCCCUACGUGGCGGCCGGCGGCGAGGAGGAGGAGGAGGAGAACGAGGAGGAGGAGCAGCGGCAGCUGCUGGAGCUGUGCCGGCGGCGGCGCUUCCUGCGGGGCGGCGCGGAGCCGCGGCCCUGGCGCUCCUACCUCAGCGGCUGCCACCCGGGCUUCGGGCCGCUGGGCGCGGCGCUGCGGGGCAACCUGGCGGCGCAGUGGUGGCACUCGGCGCUGGCCCGCAGGGAGCAGGUGUUCGCCGUGGAUUCCCCGCUCCACGGCAGCCCCUCCGCCGGCGCCCCGCAGGCCCGCGAUGCCCUGCGGCUGCUCAGCUCGGAGGCGCUGUGCCGGGUUGUCCAGGAGCCGGCCGGGCCCGCCCUGGAAGAAGCGCUGGAGAGCGCGGGGACGCUCCGGGAGACGCUGCUGCCCGGUGUUUUGGCACAAUAUGUUAGCUGCUUAGAAUUUGCAAACAAGAGGCUGCCUUGUGGCCUUGCUGAAGUUGGAGUAUGUUUUCACUCUGUUCCAGAAAGUGAGCUACACAACAAAAACUUUAGAAGAAUAGGCGAAAGGACUACCUCUUUGCUUGCAUGGUUUAGCUCUCCCAGAACUGCAGGACAGUGGCUCGAUUACUGGUUGCGUCAGAGACUGCAAUGGUGGAGAAAGUUUGCAGUAGGCCCAUCUAACUUCAGCAGCAGUGACUUUCAGGAUGAAGAAGGAAGAAGAGGAUUUAACUUACAUUAUAACUUUCCUUGGGGAAAAGAAACAAUAGAAACACUGAAGAACCUUGGUGAUACUGAACUGUUAGAGAUGUAUCCAGGGGAUAGAUCAAAAUUACUGGGCCGAGAUGGAAGGAAGAAUGUUAUUCCUCAUAUCCUGUCUGUGAGUGGAAAUCUGGACCGAGGAGUAUUAGCAUAUCUCUUUGAUUCACUACAGCUAGCUGAGAAUCCGUUAACAAAAAAGAAAAAUUCACAAAGAAAGGUACUUAAACUUCAUCCUUGUCUAGCACCUAUCAAAGUGGCCUUGGAUGUAGGGAAAGGCCCAACAACAGAGCUGCGACAGGUUUGUCAAGGAUUGUUCAACGAACUAUCAGAAAAUAGAAUUUCUGUAUGGCCAGGUUAUCUUGAAACCACACAGGUAUCCCUGGAACAGCUUUAUACAAAAUAUGAUGAGAUGAGUGUUCUCUUCAUGGUCUUGAUAACUGAUGCUACUCUAGAGAAUGGAGUGGUCCAGCUGAGAAGCAGAGACACCACCAUGAAGGAAAUGAUGCACAUAUCUAGGUUAAAAGACUUCUUAACUAAGUACGUAACAUCAGCUAAAAAUGUGUAAACUUAAAUUCGUCUAAUAAAAGGAAUUUCUUAAAUUUCUGUGCCUGAAACUGACUUCUGGGAUCAAUGAUACAGUCACUUCAUCGGAAAUAGUUCUCCUAAAACUUGGUGAUGUAUCUGUUUUCUGUCAAAUCUAAACCGUCUAGGUUGUCCAGGUUACCUUGCAAAGAGGAAAGAGGCAAACAUGUCUCUUCAGCAGGGCUAACCAUAACUUCUUUCUUGUCUUCAAUUUUACUAUACUCUGAGAAUGGUGAACUGAGAAAUUGUCAUGUUUGCCACUAGGUAACAGCAGAUCCAAAGGUCAAAUAUGGAUCCUCUAGCACGUGCCUUGGAGUGCAACAAAGUUGGAAUAACUUUUUGUAGUGCUUGACUAAAGUCUUUUGAUUAAUUUAUACAAUCCAGUUUCUAUUCCAGGAUAAUUGUUGAAUGCACAGGAGCUUGGAUCAUAGAUAAAGCUUUGGAUAAUUUAUUAAAGAUGCCAGACUGUACAUUGUGUCCAGCAGGAUUUAACCUGACAGUGACUCCAUUGAGCUUUUUUAUUUUAUUAUUGUUUUUUAAAAAAGCAAGGAGCUGUUGUUUAUUUAACAGGGUGGCUGUUUGGAUCUUUAUAAUUCCAGUCAUUUUAAGUCCCUAGAGGUUAUUACUUGGGGAUUUUUCUUGCUAGUAGACAACUAGCUAUAUGAUCUGUCUAUAAAAUAAUUAGGCCAGGCAAUUAGUAUCUACUCUCUCUACUACCUCUCAGCAGACAUGGUACUUCUAAACAUCUGAAGAUUGAAAGAU